AUGGAUUAUAACAUAUUUUAUGACUGGUACAGAACCUUCACUUGCAUCAAGACCAUAAGAAAAGUUAACACCUUUGUGAGCCAUAACAAAGAAAAGGCAAAUGUCGAAGAGCUAAAAAUAAUCAAUGAAAAUAACUACGUUUCCCACUCCUUCGCGAUUCUAACGGCUUUAGGCAUUCUGGCAACCUUCCGGAAGUUAAGACGCGUGAAGUUCUUCAUGUUCAGACCCCUUUUGCCUGAUGUCUUUGGACUAACAACUUCCUGCUCCUUCCUGUAUGUGCACGCCAUGUACCUAAGCCGGAACACCAUUAGCAAACUGAUUCAGCUGAACUUGAAGGAGAGCGCCAAUGAAGGCAUAGCCAACAACGUCGCCCAGAUGUAUGAAAAAGACGAACCGGAAGAUUACCUAAAUUUGGUGAAAAAGGCGUCAUAG